AUGGCAUCUGGCUUCGAGAUGGAGGAAGAUAAAGAGUCUUACGCUAGUACAACUGACUCUGUACCUCCGAACAACUCGAGAAACUCUACAUUUUGGAAACUAUGUGCGACUUUCUUGCUUGCAAGCACACUCAGUCUUGCGACCGCCAACUACUACUCUCUCUUUACACACUCAUUCCUUGCUAACUCUCUACCAAACCUUCCUCCCAUCGAUCAAUUCACAGAACCGCAAUAUACGAACUGCGGGAAUAGUCCCUCGGAAGCACGACAACGCGGCUGCUCCUUUGACCUCCUCUCUUUUAGCUGGCAAACGCCAGAAUGUUACGACGCCGAAGUGAUGACUGCCUUUCUGGCGCAUCCCAGUCAACCUUGGGUUUACUACGUGAGCCCUUCAGGCAAUGAAACUGUGGCACCCGAGAUUGUGGCCCAGGGUGAGACGGUGGCAUAUGUGAAUUGGGAAUAUCACGUCGUGCAUUGCACAUAUAUGUGGAUGCAGAUGCAUAGGGCGUAUGCUGAGAGAGGUUUCAUUGAUUCGCAUGUGGACAGUUGGGCGCAUMCCCGCCACUGCCAGAUGGUGAUUUUGGAGAAGAGUAUCACGCCAGACACAAUUAGUGUGGUUGGAAAUCUCAGAUAUCCUGAGUGCCGGAGAGUCAAUGUAGGAAUGCCAAAGGACUGGCCGCCUGACCAUGAAGCUGCGUUUGCUGCAAUGCCGCCUCACGUUUCGAAGUGA